UCUGAUAACGCAUCAACAUCGACGCCAUCUAUGUUCUUAAAGGCCCAUUUCCAGCUUGCAAGAAGCGAAAGUAAAUGGGAAUUUCUUACAACCAAAAUACUCUGAGAGUGGUUGACUGAACAGUAAUUAAGUUGUUUAACUCUCAACACACAUGAUGUUUGUCGCGGCAGAAAACACCCCAACGUCUUUUAAAGACUUUACCCUGAUUAUGCCAGCAAUCUCUGUUGGAAAUGUGGGGCAACUGGCAGUGGACCUGAUUGUUUCUACGCUCAACAUGUGUCGAGUCGGAUACAUCCACACUGACUGUCUCAUCCCUAUGGCAGGGAACAACCCUUAUGCUACAUUCACCCCCGAGAACGCCAACGACCUCAGUACCAAUGCAGAAGUGUACUCUUCUCCAGAGUUGAGGUUGGCAGUUCUUCAGAUCAGAACCCCAAUUAUCCAGACAAAGUCCAAGAAGUUCUGUAAGCUGAUGGUGUCUUGGAUCAAAGCCAGCGGUUUCUCCAGAACUGUAGUACUGUCCAGCAGUCAUGCUUACCAGAGGGAUGACCAACAGCUACUGGGCACUCCCCUGCGUUACCUGCAGACUCCCUCCAUGCAGAAGGUGACUGGCGACCGGCUGAAGGAGAUGGAGUGGAGGGAGAUGGAGACGGUAUCGACCUUCCCUGGAGUUACUGACUCAGAGCGGCGCCUCUACAUACCUGGAGGGGGCGCCACUAAACGCCUCUUCACUGACAGCUGUGCUGAGGACAUUCCUCUCCAUGUUGUCUCUCUGUUCCAGCUGUGCUGAGGACAUUCCUCUCCAUGGUGUUGUCUCUGUGUUCCAGCUGGGCUGAGGACAUUCCUCUCCAUGUUGUCUGUGUUCCAGCUGGGCUGAGGACAUUCCUCUCCAUGGUGUUGUCUCUGUGUUCCAGCUGUGCUGAGGACAUUCCUCUCCAUGUUGUCUCUCUGUUCCAGCUGUGCUGAGGACAUUCCUCUCCAUGUUGUCUCUGUGUUCCAGCUGUGCUGAGGACAUUCCUCUCCAUGUUGUCUCUCUGUUCCAGCUGUGCUGAGGACAUUCCUCUCCAUGUUGUCUCUGUGUUCCAGCUGGGCUGAGGACAUUCCUCUCCAUGUUGUCUCUGUGUUCCAGCUGGGCUGAGGACAUUCCUCUCCAUGGUGUUGUCUCUGUGUUCCAGCUGGGCUGAGGACAUUCCUCUCCAUGGUGUUGUCUCUGUGUUCCAGCUGGGCUGAGGACAUUCCUCUCCAUGGUGUUGUCUCUGUGUUCCAGCUGGGCUGAGGACAUUCCUCUCCAUGUUGUCUCUCUGUUCCAGCUGGGCUGAGGACAUUCCUCUCCAUGUUGUCUGUGUUCCAGCUGUGCUGAGGACAUUCUCUCCAUGUUGUCUCUCUGUUCCAGCUGGGCUGAUGACAUUCCUCUCCAUGUCGUCUCUGUGUUCCAGCUGUGCUGAGGACAUUCCUCUCCAUGUUGUCGUCUCUGUGUUCCAGCUGUGCUGAGGACAUUCCUCUCCAUGGUGUUGUCUCUGUGUUCCAGCUGUGCUGAGGACAUUCCUCUCCAUGGUGUUGUCUCUGUGUUCCAGCUGGGCUGAGGACAUUCCUCUCCAUGUUGUCGUCUCUGUGUUCCAGCUGUGCUGAGGACAUUCCUCU